AUGAUUUUGGGCUGGUUUGGCUCUUUCCUUUGGCAGCUGGGUCAAAUCCAGGCAAUUUCCUUGAACAGCUCCUCCACUGGAGAUAUAUCAAUCCUCGCCCCAAAUGCCCUUGACGGCGCUCAAAACAAUGGGGCGGGAGCUAUACUCAUCAGUCAGCCAGGAUCGUAUGCUGUCGCCAAUACCAGCUGUGCUCAACUGAGCGAAACCAUUUGGAGUCCUGAUUCCGCCCAUUUCAAUGCGGGUCUCGAUAACUCCAUCUUACGACAGGUCUACGUCGGUAACAUAGCAAAAGACCAAUUGUUCUGGGUGGCUCGAAAUCAGAAUGAUGGAAACUGCCAGGGCAUUGACACAAACGGCCAUGCCCACUCACUCGAUUGUGAAAGUCAGCUGCCCGUGCUGUGUACGCAAAGUGCCCCCGUCUCCAACUCGUCGCAUUCGGACACUGCAGUCAAAUGGCAGAUCACUCACAAUGUUGCCGGUUCUACCUUUACGGGCUAUCGCGACUAUCACGCCUGGAAGUUCCGCGGGGUGCGUUUCGCGAAAAAGCCCGACCGAUUUACAUACUCGUCUGUUUUCUUAGAACCCGGGAGUGUAUCUGCGAUUACGGCUGGGGCAGACUGUGUGCAGCCAAUUGGAGAAGUCACAUCUGGAAGUAGUGAAGAUUGCCUGUUCCUCAACAUAUGGACGUCGAGUCUACCACUAACCGGAAACUCGAGCAACGCAUCAUACCUGCCACCUUUGAAACCAGUCAUGGUUUACCUGUACGGUGGUGGCUUCACGAGUGGAUCUGGCAAGAAUCCUAACACUGACGGUACGAACCUGGCCUCGCGAGGUGAUGUAGUCGUGGUGUCCGUCAAUUAUAGAGUUGGCAACGUAGGAUUCCUCGCCUUUUUGGAUGGCAUCCACAACGGAAAUUACGCCGUUUCGGACAUGGUAACAGCACUGACUUGGGUUCAAAACUACAUUAAAUACUUCGGUGGGGAUGCUGAUAGAGUCACGGUCUUUGGAGAAUCUGCCGGAGCUCAGGGAACGCACAUCUUGCUGAGUUCUCCCGCAGCUAAAGGCUUAUUUCACAGAGCCAUCAUGCAGUCCGAUCCUACUAGUUACCCUCACGGUGGCUUUACAUGGCCUCGCUAUGCCAGUAUUGAGGAUGCAUAUCGAGACGGAACGACGGGGGUCUUGAACCAAACAGGUUGUCUCAACGCCAAAGACCAACUUUCAUGUCUAAAAAGUAUUGAUGGUUUUGAUCUAGUGAAUCUCGAGACUAACUUGAAUGGACCCGUGGUGGAUGGAACAUACAUUGAUCAACAAGAACUCAUCGUCAGUAAGCCCGGGAUAGCAUCCAGCAUAUCAGUGAUGACAGGAACCAAUCGAGACGAGUGCGGCGUGUACAUUGACGAAGACGCAUAUCCUAAGAAUGGCACUACAUUUGCUACCUACUUUAGGGACCACGUGGGGAUUGAUCAAGGCCUCCCCGACAAUUAUUCGCUCAGCGUCCCUGAAGGCCCAUUCUCGCUGAGCAAUGCGUCGUCGCCUGAACAAGUCUUCAACGCAACUCUACGAGUGGCCUCGGACGGCGAAUUUGUGUGUUUUGACUUGGCCAAGGCGUACUCGGCUGCCAAACAUGAAGCUUUCAAGUCAGUACAUGUCUUCCAGUUCAACCGUACAUACAGCCCAUCUGGAUACACAAGACCGUGGUGUGAUGCGCCCCAAACACUAGGAAGACCUCACGGUGAUCCUGAUGGGGAAUACUACAAGUGCCAUGCGGGCGAGCAACUCGUCGUCUUUGGGAAUAUUGUGAGAUCUGGUCAACCUGACCGGGACGGCUUAGAUGUGCCGUUUAUGCAACUGACGGUGGACUAUUGGGCUUCAUUUGCUCGGGCGGGUGAUCCAAAUCCAGACAAGGGUUAUCUCAAUGCCUCUGGCCAUUAUAACACUCUUACACAAAUUGAGCUGGCGGGUUUGUGGGAAGCUGUAGACUUUCAGAAGCCGACCAUGAGACUCUUGCAAUGGAAUGGAGCACAAGUGUCCUUCGUUGAGACUGCGCAGUGCGAAGCGCUUGGCAUUCCAUAUGACACGCUGGAAGGGCAAUAA